AUGGCGCCUUUUGGGGGUUUUCCAUUCCAGCCUAGACAAUGCCACAAGUCGUCACAGCUUGCAGGUUCCAAUCAAUCAAAAGUAGAGUCUGUCGCAUUGCUUGUACUUGUGACUGACUUAUACAC